CUAGAAUAUUCUUCGAUCCGCUAUAAAACCGGCCAUUGCUUAUUCCAUUCCUUCGAUUUGAUUGAAGACUCUUGUAAAGAGAACACGUAAUUUAAGUAUUUGUUAAAGAAUUGUCUGCAACUGUUUAAUAUUAAGAUGGCUAAAGCACCAGCUGUAGGUAUUGAUUUGGGAACAACAUACUCCUGUGUUGGAGUAUUUCAACAUGGAAAAGUCGAAAUUAUCGCUAAUGAUCAAGGUAACAGAACCACACCUUCGUAUGUGGCUUUCACAGAUACAGAACGUCUCAUUGGAGAUGCCGCCAAAAACCAAGUCGCCAUGAACCCCAACAACACAAUUUUCGAUGCGAAACGUCUUAUUGGUCGUCGGUUUGAAGAUUCGGCCGUACAAUCAGACAUGAAACAUUGGCCUUUCGAAGUUAUCAACGAUGGCGGUAAACCGAAAAUUAAAGUAUCAUACAAGGGGGAAGACAAAUCAUUUUAUCCCGAAGAAGUGAGUUCAAUGGUGCUCACGAAAAUGAAGGAAACUGCCGAAGCGUAUCUUGGCAAAAAUGUCACAAAUGCAGUUAUCACUGUACCUGCUUAUUUCAACGAUUCGCAACGUCAAGCUACCAAAGAUGCCGGAACCAUCGCAGGUCUUCAGGUACUACGUAUUAUUAAUGAACCAACCGCCGCCGCCAUUGCCUACGGUUUAGAUAAGAAAGGACAAGGCGAAAGAAACGUUUUGAUCUUCGAUUUGGGUGGUGGUACUUUUGAUGUAUCAAUUUUAACUAUUGAAGACGGUAUUUUUGAAGUAAAAUCAACUGCUGGAGACACCCACUUAGGAGGUGAAGACUUUGAUAACAGAAUGGUCAAUCAUUUUGUUCAAGAAUUUAAAAGGAAAUAUAAGAAAGAUUUGACUAGCAACAAACGUGCCUUACGUCGUUUAAGAACUAGUUGUGAAAGGGCGAAACGUACACUUUCCUCAUCCACCCAAGCCAGUAUUGAAAUCGAUUCUCUUUUCGAAGGUAUCGAUUUCUACACUUCUAUCACAAGAGCUAGAUUCGAAGAACUCAACGCCGAUUUAUUCAGAUCUACGAUGGAACCAGUUGAAAAGGCCAUCAGAGAUGCCAAGAUGGAUAAAUCUCAAGUGCACGAUAUCGUUUUGGUCGGAGGAUCUACCCGUAUACCAAAGGUCCAAAAACUUUUGCAAGAUUUCUUCAAUGGUAAAGAAUUGAAUAAAUCUAUAAACCCCGAUGAAGCAGUUGCUUAUGGUGCCGCCGUUCAAGCCGCAAUCUUACACGGAGAUAAAUCCGAAGAAGUACAAGAUCUGUUGUUGCUCGACGUCACACCUUUAUCUUUGGGUAUCGAGACCGCUGGUGGUGUGAUGACAGCUUUGAUUAAACGUAACACCACCAUUCCCACCAAACAAACACAAACUUUCACUACCUAUUCUGAUAAUCAACCGGGAGUACUUAUUCAGGUAUACGAAGGAGAACGUGCUAUGACCAAAGAUAACAAUCUAUUGGGUAAAUUCGAGCUAACUGGUAUCCCUCCUGCUCCACGUGGUGUUCCUCAAAUUGAAGUCACCUUCGAUAUCGACGCUAACGGUAUCUUGAACGUAACUGCUGUCGAAAAAUCAACCAACAAAGAAAACAAAAUCACCAUCACUAAUGAUAAGGGACGUUUGAGUAAAGAAGAUAUCGAAAGGAUGGUAAAUGACGCCGAGAAAUACCGCAACGAAGAUGAGAAACAAAAAGCUACCAUUACCGCUAAGAAUCUAUUGGAAUCUUAUUGCUUCAACAUCAAGAGCACCAUGGAGGACGAUAAGAUUAAAGACAAAAUCAGCGAAAGUGACAAGAAUACAGUUAUGGAGAAAUGCAAUGAGGUUAUUGCUUGGUUGGAUGCUAAUCAAUUGGCAGAUAAAGAAGAAUAUGAACACAAACAGAAAGAACUCGAAGGAAUUUGUAAUCCCAUUAUUACUAAACUGUACCAAGGAGCUGGCGGAGCUCCGGGCGGUAUGCCCGGUUUUCCAGGAGCCGGGGCCGCUCCAGGAGCUGGUGGUGCCGCCGGAGGUGCGGGACCAACCAUCGAAGAAGUCGAUUAAAUAUGCAUUCCAAUGUUUUGUUCAAUUUUCGCCAGUAUUACCUUGCAGACAAAGCUUUUCGAAAAUUACUUUUUUUACAGUUUAUCAAUUACUUGUUGUUGAAAUUUGAUUUGUAAUUUUACAGUUUCUGUUCCCGAACAAAAUAAAGUCAAAUCCAUUAAAA